GAGCUCAAGGAGAUCAACGCCGCCUACAGCUUCACGCGUUCGGUCCUGCAGGUCCCGCGCGGCGGCCGCACCGAGGUGAUCACGGCCGACAGCACGAGCGACGGCCUGCACGAGGUCGAGUCCCUGCACAAGGCGACGCAGUCCCGGGUCGGCCUCCCCACGGGCUCCCUCGUGGCCCUCACGGUCGUGACCCGCCUCACCCGGCUGAGCAGGCCGCGGCUCGCGUGGGCGCUCUUCGGGAUCGCGCUGCCCAGGAUGAUCGCGCUCGCGCUGAUCGUGGGCGCUGUUGGCACGCUCUUCCUCGCCACCUCUUCGGCGAUGUCGGACCUGGUCCUCAACGCCAUCGCGCUGGCCUUCAUCAUCUCGGAGGGGGGCUGGACGAGAUGCUCUACUCCCUCUUCGCGCCGCGGCGGCUGCACACUCUGA